GCUGCUAGCACUGCAUUUAUGGUGGAUAUUUAUUCGUUCUGAUCUUUAGCAGAUCCGUCUUUGUUCAUUCCGUCAUGCGUCUACUUAUCUUGGACAAUCCGGCUGAGGUUGGCGAAUGGGCAGCCAAGUAUGUGAUGAAACGGAUUUUGAAUUUCGCCCCAUCGGAAAACCGCCACUUCGUACUUGGACUACCUACUGGAUCCACCCCGUUGAUUAUGUAUAAACAUCUGGUGGACUUUCACAAAGCAGGCCAGCUGAGUUUUCGGUAUGUGACCACUUUCAAUAUGGACGAGUACGUUGGGCUGCCACACGAGCAUCCGGAAUCAUACCACUACUACAUGUACCAUAAUUUCUUCAAGCAUAUAGACAUACUUCCAGAAAACGCGCACAUUUUGGAUGGCACUGUCACUGAUUUAGACGCUGAAUGCGCCCGUUUUGAGGAAAAGAUUAAAUCCGCCGGAGGCGUUCAUUUGUUCAUCGGUGGAAUUGGAGCAAGUGGUCACAUCGCAUUCAACGAGCCUGGCUCAAGUCUGGUCUCGCGAACCCGGUUGAAGACGCUUGCGAAAGAGACCAUUGUGGCUAAUGCCCGAUUUUUCGGCAAUGACCCCUCCAAGGUUCCGGAAUGCGCUCUCACUGUCGGUGUCGGCACCGUAAUGGACGCGGAGGAAGUGAUGAUUCUUGCCACAGGUACCACAAAAGCUUUGGCGCUCAGCAAAGCGAUCGAAGAGAGUGUGAGCCACAUGUGGACAGUGUCCGCCUUUCAGCUCCAUCCCAAAGCACUAUUUGUGGUGGAUGAAAACGCCACAAUGGAACUGAAGGUUAAGACGGUGCGCUACUUCAAGGGACUGCAUAGCGUGCACAGCGUUCUGAACGAAAUUUGAUGCUAUUCGCUAUAUGGGACUUAAACCCACGGAAUGUUUUUUUAAUGAUUUAUCUGUUUCCUCAACAUAGUUGAACGCUCAGUGAACAGAUUGAAGAUUUUUGCUACAUUUAUUCUGCUAAGUGUGCAUUUGAAAAUGGCCACGAUAUACUAAUCAUUUAGAAACAUAUUUUGUGAGAGUUUACUUGUUGCUAAAGUUUUCUUCGGUUUCUGUUUGCUUAGACUAUUCCUCUCUUCAACAACUAUUUUUGAUUGAUUUUAAUCGUUGCUGCAAUUUUGACGGCUGAUCUUUAUUAUUGGGUUCACAGUCUGUGACCCCUUGGGUCGUUGUGCAAUCGUUUUCAACUCUCAGGCCGUAAAUCACAAUAUAUUUUCUUUUAACUCA